CGCUCACAAGUAGAUUUUCAAUGCUAGGUACGCAAGCCGUAAGCAGGACGCACGGACACAUCGUGUUUACUUUUAAUUCGUUACAUUUCCAUUUGUGUUUUUUUUCCCUAUAACUUCAUAAUUAUUGUAAUCAUUGUCGGUGUGGCUGUUUUGUUCAGUAGUGAGCUGCAGCGAUAAUCUUGUUUUUUAAAUUAUUAUUUUCCAUCACAGCGCCUGCUCGACUAUCGUCUUCCAUUCAACAAGCGCUUAUUGGUUAUAUCAUGUUUUAGUUAUACACCCGUGUAGUCGGUGAUAUUAGUAGAUUAACAGCAAUAGUUAUUCGUUGAAACGCUGUCGUUUUUUGUCCAAUCAAGCCGCCGUUCAUGCCAGAUCUGCAGCGCUUCAGUUUUCCGUAUAGUAUGAACCCGUUGUUGGGCCAGAGUUUGCCUGCUACUCAUCCGCAUCCGCAGAGUUCAGAAAUGCUUAGCCAUCCGGACUCACCCACCACUAUGCUCCCCGAGGUUCUUCUGACGGCUCCCCAUGCCUCCAUUCUCCACCUCGGCGAACAGCCCGGACUGAUAGCGGACGGCAUUUCCCAAAGCGGUUUAGUCUAUCUGCCCAUCGCUCCUUCUCUGCACCGGGCCGUGCCGCCUCCCCCUGCAGCCAUGGCCUUACGCAACGACCUGGGCUCCAACAUCAGCGUCCUGAAGACCCUCAAUCUGCGCUUCCGCUGCUUUUUGGCUAAAGUGCAUGAGCUGGAGAGGCGAAACAAAAUUCUAGAGAAGCAGCUGCAGCAGGUGCUGGAAAGCAAUGAGCUCGCCUGCGCCGAGAGCAAAGAAACUGGGGUGCAGACCGGUUUUGUCGGCCCCAUUCCCCUGCAAACUCAAAACACCAACAAUUCCGCCAAGAGACCGACUACUUUAUUCACACCCCCCCUUACGACCGUGCUUAAACUCGAGCCUGAUGACAAGACUCGGGCUUCAGGUUAUGAUUCAAGCUCCAAUCCGGCCGUCAGCUCGUGCGCACCUAGCAAAGCGGCCGCGGCCAACACCAAUAACUCCAACAAUGCACCUAACCUGAACGGUGCUGCAGCCAGAACCGGCGCUAAUCCAUCUAACCGCUUUUUGCCCGGCACUAUCUGGUCGUAUAGUCCCAGCCGAAAGUGGCCCGCGAAUUCGGAACCGCGGGUGAUCACCAGCCCCGGAGUGUCAUGGGUCCACCCGGACGGAGUCGGAGUGCAGAUCGAUACCAUUACCCCGGAAAUCAGAGCCCUGUAUAACGUGCUGGCCAAAGUAAAACGGGAAAGGGACGAGUACAAGCGCAGAUGGGAGGAGGAGUACACCAUGAGAGUGGAAUUUCAGCAGAAGGUCACAGAUUUACAGGAGGACCUGCAGGAGAGUGAGGUGUGUCAGGAUGAGCUGGCCCUGAGGGUGGAUCAGCUGAAGGCAGAGCUUGUCCUCUUUAAGGGUCUAAUGAGCAAUAACCUGAGUGAGUUAGACAGUAAGAUCCAGGAGAAGGCUAUGAAGGUGGAUAUGGAUAUCUGCAGACGUAUUGAUAUCACAGCACGUCUCUGUGACUUGGCACAACAGAGGAACUGUGAGGACCCCAUCAAGAGCUUCCAGGUUGCCAGUCCACAGUCUUCCAUUAGCUGUCGUCCACGGAAACAGACAAUCCAGCCUGCUUAUGGCAGUGAGACUGAUGAACCGACCAGCACCUCAGAAAGCGAUGGAGGUGGAGUAAAAGAGGAGAAUGUAGGCACCACCUCUGCUACUCAAAUCAAUGAAGAGAUGCAGAGGAUGUUGUAUCAGUUGCGUGAAUGUGAGUUUGAUGAUGACUGUGACUCUUUGGCAUGGGAAGAGACUGAGGAGACCCUGCUGCUUUGGGAAGAUUUCCCAGGAUGUACACUGACCUCAGACCCCAGCCAUGGAGAGGAGGAGUGUCUUGAGAAAGUCAUCAAAGAUACAGAGUGCCUAUUCAAGUCUAGGGAGAAGGAGUAUCAGGAGACCAUUGACCAGAUUGAGUUGGAGCUGGCCACUGCAAAGUCUGACAUGAACAGACACUUGCAUGAGUACAUGGAAAUGUGCAGUAUGAAGAGAGGACUGGAUGUUCAGAUGGAAACAUGCAGGAGACUCAUUACCCAGACUGGAGAGAGUCAUUCCCCGUGUCCCGGCCCUGGCGGAGGCACAGAAGCGGACGAUGGGACGGUGACAGAGAAGAAUGUAGAGGGAGGAAGAUAAUAAUGAACAUCAUGAUAAGGAAAAAAGAACAAGAGUUGAGAAGCUUCUCUAAUCUCACUGUUAAACCUAAGCCAUAUUUUGCCCCCAGGUUCUGGUGUGACACUGCUAAACUCAUGCUUAUCCCAAUGAAUAGUCUACUUAGACUCUUAGACCACUAAUUAUUAAAAUAAUAAUAAUAAAAAUAAAAUCAGGGGCCAAAUGAAAUCAAUAUUACCUCAUAAGAGUCACAUGAAUUUGAUUUUGCAGUAUGUGACUGACACAUUGACUAACCCCUGAUGAUAGUAACUGAGAUGAUUCCAGAAUUUCCAGUGUUUGAUUUGUCACUGUAUAGUAGCAGCCAUUUGCCAGGCAUUUAAAUGGAAAAUAUUUCAAGUAAUAUAAUACUUCUUAUAGGACACUGAUCUUGAGGAGCAGUAUCUGUGAGUUCAGGAUCGAACAUGGGAAUCUUUUGCUCUCUAGACAACUGGUCUCAUAUGUACCUCAUCUGUAAAAUACUUCAUACUGUUUGCCAUAAUGGAAAAUGUACUCAAAUAGCCCUGCUGCCCUCCGUAUGAUCAUAGCUCUGUUUGGUGCACUGUGGUUGUGAAAUAAGUUCGCAGACGUGACCACUGGUUCAGCAUUCCUCAUCAUGGUCCACUCAUGCUCCAUUUUUGGAAAACUGAAAAAAAAACUAACCUGUGGUCAAGCAUUAAUGAGAACAUUUUUCUAUCACUGAUAUAUGUAGUCUGAGCUGCUUUGGACUGUUACAUUAUCUUGAAAGGAAAUCAUUUAAAUUCUUGGUGUCGUCUUUUCAAUCUACAUAAAUAGUUCAUCUGUGCUCAGAGGGCAUGACCUCAACAAAAAAGCUUUUGCUAAAAUCAUUUCAUCUUUCCAAAUACACAGGUAAGGCUGGUCAAUCAAAUCAGGCAUUUUCAACACCCAGCAAAGUAACUUAUACCUCAUCCAUCCACAUGUCAUUCGCGGGGGAAAAAAAAGAAGCUUAAAUCUUCUGAGGAAAAUUGGAGUAAAUGCUGAGCUAACUGAACUGAUCUCAGUACUGUGUUAAAUAUUUGAACUAAAAUAAACCUAGAAUAGCAGGCAUUACGCAGUUUGAAAGAUGGCCACAAGUUUCCAGAUUAAACUAUUCUGAUGUAUACAUGACUCAUAAUGUCUAAAGUGACAUAUACAGCUAAAGGAAAUGAACUUGUACAUGGUGUCUGUGGGUGUGUGCAUGUUUUGUCCUAGAGUCUACUGCACUAAUAUGGAACUGAAACGGCAUUAGAGUUUGUUGAACUAAAAAGGCAGAAAGGGAUACAAAAGGAUUGUCUUGGUUUCACAUGAUCCAACUGAAAGAAGAACACAAGGAUGGUUAAAGGUAUCAGUGUUAAUCAUAGAUGCUCAUAAACAGCAUGCUGCUGGAUUGUGGGGUGUUGAUUGGAAAUAAAAAAAAAACAAAAACAUAUAAAUAUAUAUAUAUACUGCCCCUUAGUGUAUUUGGAAGAAAAUGUGCCAAAUGUGAAGUUAGCAUCAAGCAAAAGGCUUUCAGGAUCCAAUGCUUGCAUACAUGGUGCUGAUCCCCAUCUUGUAAAUAUUUGCUUUAUUAAGGCAAAGAAUAUAAAUCUGUAAUAUCUGUAUGUAAGCUAUAUGAGUAUUGUGCAAUAAGAAAAGUGCGAAUGGCUCUUAAUGUAAUGUAACUGACAAAGCAUUAGAUUUAAUGCAUAUUCAGAUUUUGCUUUGCCUCCAAAACAUGUUUUUGUCCAUUGUCAGCUUCUGUCCUCUUAUCUGGUUCUGUUUUCACUCUUGUUUUUUAAUUCUUCACUUUCUUUUAGAAGCACAUUUACCUAGUCCCCAUUCUUGUCCUUUUAAAAGAUGUUUUUAGCAUAUAAAGAGUUCCUCAUUUGAGUAAAGGUUUCAGACAUCUCCUUUGUAUAGCUUUGCAGUAAUCUGGCUUGCAAUCUUGAGCUUUUUAGAUGUUUAAUACUUUAACACUCAAACAAAAAGAGAAGUAUGACUCUCAUUUUGUUUGAAAACUCCCCUCUUUUCUUUAAUAAUAUUUGUUGCUUCAAAUUGUGUGUGUGUGUGUGUGUGUGUGUGUAUGUGAGUGUGAGUGUGUGUGCUGAUUUGUUCUGUUGUGUGAAUACAUUCUUCACCAGGAACUUACUUGUUGUUUACUGUAGUCAGAAAGCCAUUUGGUGAUUUUAUGAUCCAGAAUGUCUAAAGCUAAAUUACUGUACAAAAUGUUCAUUUGUCUGUUGUAAAUAUGGAAGUUGAGAUUAAUACUGUAAGUACACAAUCUGAACCAGCUUUAUAAUUAUCAGGUACUUUUCAGAAACAAGAAGUAAUUUCCGUAGGGUGUGUUCACCAAAGUUUAAACAUGUAAUAGAGAAAACAAACAAAAGCAAAGGAAAAAUAAGAAUGCUUAUCCAAAAUGUUGGUAUGAUUGCUAUGAUGUAACCUAGAGGAAAUCAGUAAGGAUAUUUAGUAUAAAACAGUUGACAAUUCAUGCAAGUCCACUGUCCCUGUCAGAAGAAGAUUUCCUCUCACUUUAAUGCAGUUGUAGUAAAAUGAAUUUGUCGAUGUAUUUGGCUGUAAUAUCCAGGAUGUUCUGUAGAAUCCAGAUUUAGCUUUCUAGCAGAUUAGAAAGUACUUAAUAAACAAUAUUCAAAUGAUAUUCAGAGGGAGGUGUAGGUGUUGUAUAACAAUGUUAUACCACACAGCACUCGAAUCACAAAACAGUGUUUUGCCUAAAUUAAUCUUUUGACAGGGUGGAUGGACUCAUUAACAUGUAUGUAUCUUGAGGCCAAACAUGCCUGCUUUAACGAGUGCUGAAAGACUGGAGCUUUAUAAAGACUUGAAAAAUAAAAGAUAAUGCAAAAAACAGAGUGGAGUUUUCAUGUCACAGUUUGAUUCAUUCUGCCUUGUCUCUCUUUCACAUACACAGACACAAUAAGGCACAACUGGAAAAAGUAGUGUGUGCGUUUGAGUACAGAUGAGCUAAAUCUGACCUUUUCUAUCGCAAACUAUUUGAUGGUUAAGUGGAAAUACAGCACAGGACUGGAG